GGGGCGGAGCCGGCAGCACCGCGGCUCAGGCCGUGCGGUGCGGAGCGGACGCAGACGCUGCGUUCCCCGGGCGGCGCCGCCGCCGCCGCCGCCGCCCCGCUGCCCUAGUGCCCGCCCGCCGGACCCCGCCGCCCAGGCCCAGGUUUUUAGAUCUGCACAAGAACCGAGAUCGAGAACCAUGGCAUCCAUCCCAUCCAGCGGCUCGCUCAUGGCGACGCACAACUACCACAGAAGGCGCCUGAGCUCCACAUCCAGCAACAGCUCCUGCGGCAGCUCGGAGUACUCUGGGGAGGUCAUCCCCCACCCCCCGGGUCUGCCCAAGUCCGACCCCGGCCACUGGUGGGCCAGCUUCUUCUUUGGGAAGACGACUCACCCGGCCAUGACAACCGUGUCGGAGUCCCCGGAGAGCCUGGGAGCGCUGCGGGUGACAGCAGGACCGAUGGCGUGUGGCUUGGUGCCGGCCCCAGGAGCGGGACGGCGGCGCCAUGCCAGUGAGCCCAGCUCCGGGCCCUCAGCAUGAGCGGGUGGGCGGCUGCUCCCCACACCGGCGGGCACAGCCCCUUCCCCCCCCUCACCCCGUAGAGUAGGCAGGCUGCUCCAAGGCAAAGGUGAUAAAAAAAAAAAAAAGGUGAUAAAAAAAGCACAGCAAACCCCCUUGAUGAUUCCCACACCAGCCUUUUUACUCUUUUCUUAAUGCAACUACGCCCUUUCCGCGCAGACUCGGUAACACGUUUUAUUUACCUUGUACUUGUACAAUGGCAACUAAUAAAGUCGAGCAGCCUUUUAAAA